UUGAUUAUCGAUUGUACACACAUACCUUCUUUUCAGCAUGAGCGACAAGCCUCUGCCGUCAUCUUUUGACUCAGACCCCGAGUUCUUCGAGGAGAAUCCGUGGGUGAAGCUAAGACGGCGAUUGCGAGAAGAGCCUCUCAUCCCUUUAGGAUGUGCUGCCACUAGUUAUGCCUUGUGGCGAGCAUACAAGUCGAUGAAGGCCGGCGACUCUGAUCAGCUCAAUCGCAUGUUCCGCUAUCGUAUCUACGCGCAAGCAUUCACGCUCGUCGCUGUCGUCGUUGGUGGAAUAUACUACAAGUCAGAGCGGGCGCAGCGAAAAGAGCUAGAACGGGCAAUGGAGGAGAAGAAGAGCCAGGCUAAGCGUGAUGCGUGGUUGAGAGAACUGGAGAUCAGAGAUCAGGAAGAUAGAGACUGGAGAGAGAGACAUGCUGCCGUCGAAAGGGCGGCAAAAGAAGCUGGGAUGAAGCCGAAAGAUGUGUCCAAAGGACUUGCGGGAGAGUCGGCCGGGAAUCAAGAGGGAGAGGCGAAGUCAAAUGUUGGAGUCCUUGAUGCUGUCAAGAACUUGGUGAAGGAGAAAUGAUUUUCAUUCUUUGGUUGGAUAUAUUCCCCGAAUAACUGUACAUUAUACAUCAUUGGGUAGGCGUUGGUAUGACAUGGGUAAAAAUUCUUCUCUUUCAC